CCAUCUCCAUGUCGGCUUUAUUGUUUGCCCUGCCCUCGCACAACUUCAAAAGAAAUAGAGCGAAAGGAAAGGGGAUAAGUAAAGGUCUGCUAAGAGUUCUGUACUUUCUCCUCCUGUUCUGUUUAGCUUCCGAUUUCAGCUCUAUUUUUCUUCCGAUUGCUUCCGACGAAGUGAGAUUUGAGUGGAUUCCGGCGGCUAAGAGUUAUCUUAUUCUUCCCCCUCCCCCUCCUCGGCCGUUUAGCCACCGAUUUCCGCUCUAUUUUUCUUCCGAUUGCUUCCGAUUGCUUCCGAUGAAGUGAGGCUUGAACGGAUUCAGGCGGUUUCAGCAAGCGUAUUCUGCAGCUUCAUUCCAUUCCACCAGGUCUUCAGCUUGGAAGACGGAGAGGGAAAGGCGCGUGCGUCUCUUUGAGGAGAGGAAGGAAUCCAUGGGGGCUUCUUUUCUGCUGCUUCUGCUAGCUUUCUCAGUAGCUUUCGCCGACGAAGGUGCCUUCAUCGGCGUGAAUAUCGGCACCUCCCUCUCCUCCAUGCCAUCCCCUACCCAGGUGGUGGCGCUGCUCAAAUCCCAACAAAUCCACCAUAUCCGCCUCUACGAUGCAGAUCCCGCCAUGCUCGCCGCUCUCUCCAACUCCAACAUUCGCGUCACCAUCUCCGUCCCCAACGACCAGAUCCUCGCCGUCGGCCAAUCAAACUCCACCGCCGCCAACUGGAUCACCCGCAACGUCAUCGCGCACCUCCCCUCCGUCAACAUCACCUCAGUCGCCGUUGGCUCUGAGAUCCUCACCUCCCUCCCUCACGCAGCCCCAGUUCUCUUCUCCGCUCUCCGCUUCAUGCACUCCGCACUCGUCGCCGCCAAUCUCGAUCGUCAGAUAAAGGUCUCCACUCCCCAUUCCUCCUCUAUUAUACUCGAUUCGUUCCCCCCUUCGCAGGCCUUCUUCAAUCGCACAUGGGAACCUAUUCUCAGUCCCAUUCUGAAAUUCCUCCAAUCCACCGAUUCCUAUUUCAUGCUCAAUGUCUAUCCUUACUACGACUACUUGCAAUCCAAUGGUGUAGUUCCGCUAGAUUAUGCCUUGUUUCGCCCGCUGCCUCCCAACAAAGAGGCCGUAGAUGCCAACACUCUGCUUCACUACACCAACGUCUUUGAUGCUGUGGUCGAUGCUGCUUAUUUCGCCAUGGCUUAUCUCAACGUGACGAAUCUUCCAGUUGUGGUCAUGGAAUCAGGUUGGCCUCACAAGGGUGAUGCGAAUGAGGCCGAUGCUACAAUCGACAACGCCAACACCUACAACAGCAACCUCAUCCGCCAUGUCCUGAACAAUACAGGUACGCCGAAGCAUCCCGGUAUUCCAGUGAGCACUUUCAUCUACGAGCUGUAUGAUGAGGAUGAAAGGCCGGGGGCCAUGUCGGAGAAGUUUUGGGGGUUGUUUAAUGGUGAUGGAGUGCCGGCGUAUACGUUGCACCUGACUGGAUCUGGGCUUGUGCUGGCUAAUGAUACCACGAAUGAGACCUACUGUAUCGCCAAGGAUGGGGCUGAUGAGAAGAUGUUGCAGGCUGCACUUGAUUGGGCGUGUGGACAGGGGAAGGUGGACUGCUCGGUGUUGCAGCAGGGGCAACCAUGUUCUGAUCCGGAUACAGUGAAUGAGCACGCGAGCUAUGCAUUUAAUGCUUAUUAUCAUAAGAUGGGGAUGACUGCUGGGAGCUGUUAUUUCAAUGGGGUUGCGGUUGUUACCACUACGGAUCCAAGUCACGAUACUUGCAAGUUUCCAGGAAGCAAUGGAAAAAAUGGGACCUUUGGGAAUGGCACAUCUUUGGCUCCUUCCACAAACUCUUCAGCUGACAGCAGCAGUAAUGCUCACCUGGAUUAUGGCAGGGAAGCCAUCUUUCAAUUUAUUGGAGUUCUCCUAUCAAACCUUCUCCUCUUGUAGAACUCAUCUCAUCCCUGCUUAAUUUUGCCGGAGAAUUGCCGCUUGCUCAAAUUUUGUAAGUUCAGGAAUUACGGGGGGUGUUUUUGCCUAUUUUCGUGGAAGCACUGGGCUUUCUCUGCACCUAUUCCCCCCUUUUUUUUUCUUAAUUUGUUUUGUUUUAUUUUCAGUAGGUGCAGAUAUUGUACAAUGCCGAGCCGAGUGCUUGUAAACUUUUAGGACUGGACUUCGCUGCUAUUAUAUUUUUAUUUGUAUUCGUGCCAUUUUAGCACAAGAUUCAUCUUUUGCUCGGGCUUCUUUGUUCGGAUAUAUAUACAGAGAGAGAGAGAGGGAGAGAGAGAGAGA